AAAUUAAAAUGAUUAAAUAAAGGAAUACAUGGAAAUAAUAUCCGUAUCGGUGAACACUUUAUGCUGUAACUACCACAUUAUGUACUGAAAUACAUUGAAACUUGCACUAUAAUUCAUGGUCAUAUGUGAGUGAUUCCAUGACAGGAGUUCAGAAUUUAAAAAAAAAUGUGGUAUCUUGAUGACCUUUUGAAGUUGCAAAUAUUGUCUGAAACGCUGGAACUGUCAUCCUUGGAUACACUCCUGAGCGUACACAACAAGAUCAGUUUGAAAGCAGCCUAUAUACCCGCGCCAUAAGCACCCCGAGAAUAGACGACAACGGCUGACUAGCAUAUAGAUAGUAUACUAUGCUGACUACUGAAGUUGGGUAUUCCCAAUAUUAGUCUUGUUUCAGGCAUAUUUUCCAAAGGAAAAGUAACACAAAUCAGGUCCUCCCCGACAAAUUUCAUGUUCAGAUUUCGGAAAGUAAAUAAAUGAUAAUAAGCAUACCACUGACGUGUAAGUAUGAAGUACUUGGUCAUUUUACUUACUUUCAAAAACUACUUCAGUGCACAGCGCUGUGAAGCAAAUAAACCUUUUCUUCUUCUCUCAUUGCAUCAAUGGACGUGGGAUUAUUUUAAGCGUCUGCAUUAAUCUAUAUUCGAGACGUAUGGUAAAUGUCGGAGUUUGCUCCAUAUAAGUUUAAUAAACCCAAAGUUCUUACCCGGGACCCCUUAUCCAAGUGCUUCUCUUAUAUCAAACUAAAAAAAAUAAACAGGCAUAGUAGACUGGAGUGAGUCUAACGCGUACAAUAAUGGGGAAUCCCCAAAUGAUUAUGACUAAGACAUGAUCGCAGAUCGCAAGCCCGUAGCCUACGCUGUUCAAUAGUUACUCAAAGAACCGGAUAGCAGCAAUACCCACAGAAUUGACAGCUUAGUAAAAAAUAAACAUAAAGUUACAGCUGCAAUAGUGUCCAUACAAAUCAGGAAGAUGAAAGAAAUACUUGCCACCUGUUUUAUCCCAGUUGCCAUCAUGAUUAUACAACAAGUGUGGAUCGUACAUACAUAUCAAGAAAGAAAUGUCCCCGUUGGAGAAAUGGUCGAGUUGGAAUGUCCCUUCGACACUUCGCUUGCAAUUUGGGUUUACUGGAAAAAGGACAACGAGACUAUCUACAGCCUCAAAGUGGAACCACAAGGGGUAACCUCACGGUCAAACGGCACUGAAAGAUACGAGGUUACAAGCCAGGCAAAGUAUUUGACGAUCACGGACCUUAGAGAAACAGAUAGUGGAGUCUAUGACUGCAAAGUGGUGAAAGAUAUUCCUGAAUAUAUACUUGAUUCUGCAAAGGAAGGGAGCCUAGUUCGUCUCUCUGUUGUAGAUCAAGUUGAAGUGGUUCCUUCAACCACUUCCAGCGUUCCGUAUAAUACUUCUGAGAAGAUACCAGUUCCACCGGCUAAAAAGGAAGAUGGAUUAGGAUCAUUAUCUCUAUUGAUUUUAAUCCCAAUCGCCGUUAUCAUAGUGAUCAUGUGCCGUAAGCGUUCACGUAUACAAGAGUACAUUAACGGAAGAUGUAUGGCUGCCCGUAAAAGACGAGGAUACAAAAUGAAUUCGUCUGGUUCCCAUGACGAUCCUGAAGGUGCUCAAAGUGUUCCGUUGGUAAAACCCGAUGAAUCAUUGCGUAAAAAUGAUGAUUCUGGCUCAAAUGCACCGCAAAAACGGAUACAUGGACAUGAUGGAGAACAACAGCAGGAAAAUGAUUCAGUGGAAUCCCAAAUUCAUCGAAGUGAAUUAACCCCAGAAUUUGAUGCUUCUCCAUUUUCAAUAGAAGAGGAAAUUGGGCAUGGACCACCCGACGACGAUGAAAAUGUCGAUGCUGGACCAGGAGAUGGUGAAGAUACACAUCGGGCUUUGAUACAUGGACAUGAUGGAGAACAACAGCAGGAAAACGAUCCAGUGGAAUCCCAAAUUCAUCGAAGUGAAUUAACCCCAGAAUGUCAUGCUUCUCCAUUUUCAAUAAAGACGGAAAUUGGGCAUGGACCACCCAACGAUGAUGAUAAUGUCGAUGCUAGACCAGGAGACGGUGCGAAUACACACCAGGCUUUGAUACAUGGAGAAGGUGGAGAACAACAGCAGGGAAAUGAUUCAGUGGACUCCGAAAUAAGUGAAUUUAUCCCACGUGAAGCUUCUUCUCCAUUUCCAAAUAAGGAGAACUCAAAGGCUUCAGAAUAUCAACUGCCGCUUGUUGGAAAGGUGUUAUUGAUUGAUAUACACAGGGCUAAAAACCAGGACGCCGUCGUGGAGCGUGUAGUGAAGGUGGUACAUGAACAUGUGAAGAUCACAGGGAGGCAAAAGCCUCCGAAAGGUGUAAAACAUCGUCCUUCUCUGGAAAAGUUUGCAAAAGACAGGUAUCCUGAUCAGAGUUUCGCAGAUGACACUAUUCAAUACGUUGUCUAUGUACUUAAUGAACUAGAUCAGAUUCCAUCUGGUCGCUGGAGAGACAGAUGUGAGGUUCUUCUUACGAUGCCUGACAAUCAGCAACAGGACAAAUCAAUGUUCUAUUCAAAGAGCAUCCAUGACUCCAUUCAAGCCUUUUCAGAGAACGAUAGCAAUGACGACAAUCCUGAAAGGCGUGAAAUGUUGGAAAAACGAAUGAAACUCUGGAUGGCCAAUCCUGACAAGAGGAAUCAUGCACGUUACUUUAUUUCCCGUGAGAUAUUGUAUGCUGAUGUGCCAGAUACAGAGACGUUGAAUGAAUCAUUCAUCAACUUUCGGAAGUCUGUACCUAAUGUAGGAUACGAGGUAGGAUAUUUUUACAUACGUACUAAAUAUCAUAGCUAUAGAAGUAAAGUUGGGAAGCCAGUUUGUUGAUUUUCAGAGCUUCUGUAACACGUGAAUUCAUUACCUGCCACGAACGAUGUAAGAAUCUUUUUUAAGACCACGUCGUUUAUAAUUCGCAGAAUAGUUGAUGGUCUCAUCUAGGAUUGAUGUCAAUGUCACGUGAAACCUCGUUUCUCACAACAUGCAUUUCUUAUUAUUUACGUUAUGAGACCACUAUUAGUACAUAUCUCUUAAAACACUAUAAGAUAAAUUGUAACAAAGCGUCAGUUUGUUGAUAGGGUGAGGUUCAUACGAUAUUUGUUAGGGUAUAAGGGUCUGUUUACAAACGGGCUACGACGACUUAUAAAAAGAUUACGCCAUAGACUUUUUUAAAAACCUAUUCUUCAUCCUCGCUUCUUUUUGAUCUCUUCUCCCCUUUUGUUUUAUAUUAACUGAAAAAUCCUUAGAGCAUGCUACCUAUGCCCCCGUGGAGCCGUUCCUGACACCCCAGGUAACACUACAGCGUUGCCCCCCACGUUGCCUCAACAUUGCAUCAUCGAAAAAAGUGCACGCGCAUACAUCGUCAGACCAAAAAACUUUUCCAACGUCAGUUCAACAAUCAGACACGUAUCAUGAGAUCUAUUCCAACCCAAAUUGUGUUGCAAGUACACCCCAUGCCUAUGAGCACAUGCGGAUCAAAGGGGGGCAGCGGCCCGGCCCCCCUCCCGUAUUGGCGGAGUAAAAAGAAAAGAAAAAUGGGGGGAAAAAAGAAAAGAGAGGGGGAAAAAGAAGAGG